UGGGGGGGGGGCGGAGGGGGGGUCCUCUUGUUGUCACUGUGCUCCCCCUCUUCCUUUUCUGCUCCCCCCCCCCCAAGCACUGUGCUGGUUGUUGUGGGGCGCUUUGCCCUGUGCAGCCCAUCUGUGUGGGUGCACACGGGUGGCUCUGUGGUUGGAAUCCUGGUGACCCCCCCACGAAUUGGGGGGGAGUGGGGGUGGGGGAAUUCUCCCCCUCCCAGCUUUAAGUGAAGACCCCGAUCUGCAUGGCCUGAUUGGGGGGGGGGGAUGGGACUGUGCUGCCCUACAUACACUGCGCUGCUCCCUUCGCUGCCCGGAUGUCGCUGUGCUGUGCCCACCCCAACCAGGGGGUCUUUGGGGGGGGGGUUGGUGUUUGGGGGCUGGUCUCCAUGGGGCAAAGGGUCUCAGGGACCCCCUGGCUGUGUGAACCAAUUGCUGCUUGAUGCAGGAACGGGGCAGAGGGCCUCAGAGAGGGAAUGUGAACACAUUGGUUCUCCGUUUCUGGGCUGAUACUCUUCUUGUGCCCUCUGGGGGGGAAGGGGGGCAGGAUGGCUCUGUACCCCCUCCCACCCCCCCCCCAGCUCAUGGCUUUUGUGCCCUGGCAGCCGUGGGCCUCUCCAGAGGGACGCAGGAGGCAGAAUGGAUGAACAGAAACCGCCCAGCGAGGACAAGGACGCGGACGCGCCAGCCGAUGCGGCCGCAUCCUCGGAGGAGAUGGGGAGCGCUGAGGGGGACCCCCUGAAACCUCCAGAAGGAGCGACUGCGGGGCCGGAGCUGGAGAGCACAGACACCAAGGGACCCGGCGGGGCCAGCAGCACGCCAACCCGCCGCUGCGCCCUCUGCAACUGUGGGGACUGGAGCCUGCACGGGCAGCGGGAGCUGCAGCGCUUCGAGCCGGCGCCCGACUGGCUGGAAGGGCUGAGGGGGCAGCAGCCCCCCGAGGGUCCCGGUGAGGCCCCCCCGGAGCUGGGGCCGGUGGGUGAUGAGCUGGCACAGAUCGGCUUCUCCGAGCGGGUGGCAGCGGUGCAGCUCUUUGAGCCGACGGGGCACUGCUGGGUUCACCGCUGCUGUGCAGCCUGGUCUGCUGGCGUGGAGCAGGACGCAGCGGGGCUGAGCGGCGUGGGCAGAGCUGUUUUCUCAGGGAUCUCACAGAAAUGUGAACACUGUCAGCGGAUGGGGGCCACCAUCCCAUGCCGGGCGGCCGCCUGCCCCCACUUCUACCACUUCCCCUGUGCUGCUGCCAGUGGCUCCUUCCAGUCUAUGAAGACGCUGCGGCUGCUGUGUCCAGAGCACGUGGGAGAGGCGGUGCAGAUGGAGGAUGCACGCUGCGUGGUUUGCGACGGGCCGGGCGACCUGCGGGACCUGCUCUUCUGCACCAGCUGUGGGCAGCACUACCAUGGCACCUGCCUGGACAUCACCCUGACACCCCGCAAACGCUCGGGGUGGCAAUGCCCAGAGUGCAAAGUGUGCCAAACCUGCAGGCAGCCCGGUGAGGACUCCAUGAUGCUGGUGUGCGAGGCGUGCGAUAAGGGCUACCACACCUUCUGCAUGGAGCCGGCCAUCGAGGGCGUCCCAGCUGACUCCUGGAAGUGCAAGAACUGCCGGGUGUGCUCGGAUUGCGGCCGGCGUCCAUCGGAGCUCGAGCCGGGCUGCCAGUGGCACCAGAGCUUCUCAGUGUGUGAGGGCUGCCAGCAGCAGCGUGCGGCCAAGGAAGCCAACGGGGCGCAGGAACGAACCCCCCAGCUGGAACCCCCUGCCCAGGCAUUGACAUCCCCUGAGUGCGGUGAACCAGCUGAGAUGCCUGUCCCUGCACUGGAGCCUGAGCCUGAGGGGCACAACGAGGAGCUACAGCAUGGGGGGGACCCCAAGGAGACGCCCCCAGGCCAUGAGGAAUCUCCACCCAGCCAGGCGCCCCCUGAAGAGCCGCCCCUUGAGAAGUUGCUCCCCGAUGAGCUGCCUGCCAACACGCAGCCCCCCGAUGAGCCACCGCCCCACGUGCUGCACCACAACGAACCCCCUCCUGAUGAACUGCUGCCCGAGAGCACUCCCCUGGAUGAGCUGCCCUCUAACGAGACGGCCCCCAGCGAGACACCCCCCAGCGAGAUGCCCCUUGAUGGACCAUCUCUGGAUGAGCUGCCCCCUGAUCAACCUCCCCUCAGCAAAUCCCCCCGAAGCGAGGUGCCCCUGGAGAAAUUGCCCCCUGAUGAGCCACACCUCGACGAGCUGCCCCUCGAGAAGCCUCCCCCCAGCAAGCCCUCUAUCAGUGAGCUUUCUCUUGACGAGCUGCCCCUGGAUGAGCGGCCCCCUGAUGAGCCCCCCGUUGAUGAGAUGCCCCCUGAAAAACCACCACUGGAUGAGCAGCCCCUCGAAGAGCAGCCUCCUGGAAAGCCCCCUCUGGAUGAGCAGCCCCCCAUUGAGCUGCUGUCUGAAAAGGAAUUACUUGAUGAGCAGCCCCCCGAGGAGCUGCCCCCCGAAAAGCCACUGCUGGAUGAGUUGCCCCUCGCUGAGCAGCCCCCUGAUGAGCCACCCCCCAGCGAGCAGCACCUUGAUGAACUGCCUGCUAAUGAAGCACCCCUUGAUGAGCUGCUGGGGACAGAGGAGCCGCCCGUCAGCGAGCUGCCACCCCCUGAGGAGCUGCACCCUGAAGAGCUGCUCCCCUGCAAGCUGCCUGCUGAGGAGGACCUCAAACCGCCAGGUCUCCUCCCUGAGGUGGCUGCGGCAGAGGAAGCCCCUGAGCUGGCCCCAGAGGUGCCCCCUGAAGAGGAGAUGGAGCUGGAGCCAGAGCCAUUGCUGCCCCCCGAGAUGGCACUGCCACCCCCCGCUCCUCCAGAUCUCUGCGCCGUCUCACCCGCUCGCCCUCCAGACCCCUUGCCUCACGCCACAGAGGAUGAUGUGUCUGAGCCCCCCACCCCAGCCCUGCCUGAGCCCCCCAGGAGCCCUGGCACCACCAUGGACACGGAGCCUCCUGGCUCCCCGCCGCCCCCUCUGGGCUCCCCUGCCUGCACCCCAGCCCCUGCCGAGCCCCCCGAGGAUGAGGAGAUGGAGACGGGCGGUGGUGAGGGCGACUCAUCGAGAAGCCCCCCUGGAGAUGGCCCCCAUGCCAGCCCACCCCCAGAGCUGGGGCCCUUCCAGGGCCUGCCCGAGGAAGAAGAGGAGGAGGAAGAAGAAGCACCGAGGCUGGAGCGGGAGGGCACCAGCGGGAGCUCCCCACCGCUGAGUGAGGAGGACGGGCCGGAGGAAGGGCGGGCAGGGGGGAACCCUGAAUCCAAGGGAUCCCCUCUGCUCCUGGAGCCAGAGGAGCUGGGCCUCGAGACCCCCAUGGAAGUGUGCACGGCUGGGGAGAAGCUGCUGGAACGUGGGGACGAGGGGGGCCCCGAGCCCCCUACCCUGCGCCCUCGGCCUGAUAUCCUCAACGAGAUCUCCAACCUGAGCCAGGGGGACACGAGCAGCAGCUUCCCUGGCUCGGAGCCUCUGCUGGGCUCGCCAGACCCCGAAGGUGGGGGCUCACUGUCCCUGGAGCUGGGGCCGGCCUCAGGUGAUGCCAGCCUGCAGAAGGAGGACGCCGGGUCGCUGCCGAUGGGCGCUGAGACCGACGACUCGCUGCUCUUUGAGCCAGCAGCCAAAGGGGAUGCAGACAAGGGCCGGCGGCGCAGCUCCCCGGGGCGCUCCCGUGUCAAGCAGGGUCGCAGCAGCAGCUUCCCUGGGCGGAGACGUCCCCGAGGAGGGUCCCAUGGCACCCGGGGCCGGGGCCGUGCGCGCCUGAAGUCGACCACCUCGUCUGUUGACACUUUAGCACUCGCCGACGUGGAGAGCUCGCCCAGCAAGGAGGAGGAUGAAGAUGACGACGACACGAUGCAGAACACGGUCGUCCUCUUCUCCAACACCGACAAGUUUGUGCUCAUGCAGGACAUGUGCGUGGUGUGCGGCAGCUUCGGGCGCGGUGCCGAGGGUCACCUCCUGGCGUGUUCGCAGUGCUCCCAGUGCUAUCACCCCUACUGUGUCAACAGCAAGAUCACGAAGGUGAUGCUGCUGAAGGGUUGGCGCUGCGUGGAGUGCAUUGUCUGCGAGGUGUGUGGCAAAGCCUCUGACCCAUCCCGGCUCCUGCUCUGCGACGACUGCGACAUCAGCUACCACACCUACUGCCUGGACCCGCCGCUGCAGACUGUGCCCAAAGGCGGAUGGAAGUGCAAAUGGUGUGUGUGCUGCGUGCAGUGCGGGGCAGCUUCCCCUGGCUUCCACUGCGAGUGGCAGAACAACUACACGCACUGCGCGCCCUGCGCCAGCCUCGUCGUCUGCCCCUUCUGCCGUGAGAAGUAUGUGGAGGAUGACCUGCUCAUCCAGUGCCGCCACUGCGAUCGGUGGCUGCAUGCGGCGUGCGACAGCCUCUUCACUGAGGAGGAGGUGGAGCAGGCAGCGGAUGAAGGCUUUGACUGCAGCGCCUGCCAGCCCUACGUGAUCAAACCAGCAGCACCUGUGCCCACGCCAGACAUGUUGGCCAAGGCCAAGGAGCCAGAGCCCCAGUAUUUCCGUUUUGAGGGCGUCUGGCUGACGGAGACGGGCAUGGCGGUGCUGCGCAACCUCACCAUGUCCCCCCUGCACAAACGGAGGCAGCGCAAAACCCCUCGUCUGGGUGCCCUGAAUGGGGAUGGGGGGCUGGACGGGGGAGACCCCCUGGGUCCUGAUGAGAAGAAGGAUGGCGACCUGGAUGCUGAUGAGCUGCUCAAGGCUGAAGUGGGUGUGGAGCACAUGGAGUGUGAGAUCAAGCUGGAGGCUCCAGCCAGCCCCGACCGCGACGUGGGGGCUGAUGUGGACUCGGGGAAGGGGCUGGAGGACCCAGAUGAGUGCAAGAAGAGGAAGCGCAAACCUUACCGACCUGGCAUCGGUGGCUUCAUGGUGCGGCAGCGCAAAUCCCACACCCGUCUGAAGAAGGUCCCAGCAGUGCUGGCUGAAGUGGGACGUGAGGGGCUGAGCGCAGAGGGGCACCCAGAGGACGGAGCUCCAGGGGAUCUCCCUGCAGAGGGUGGCCUGGAUCCAGGCUCGGCUGAGGGGGACGAGAAGAAGAAACGCCGUGCACGGAAAAAGAGCAAACUGGAAGACAUGUUCCCUCCAUACCUGCAGGAGGCAUUUUUUGGGAAGGCACUGAUGGACCUGAGCCGGAAGGCGCUGCUGGCAGCGGGCGGUGUUGGGGACGGAGCUGCCCGCCCCUCCCUGGCUCAGGGUGCCCCACGGCACAAAGGGGACCCCAACGUGACGGGGGCUCUGCAGGGGACCCCCCUGGAAAGAAGGGAGACCCCCACUCAUCCCCGAGGAGAUGACAGCACAGACGGCAGUGCCACGGCUCUGGACGAUGACGGCAAGGAUGUCGCGAAGGGCGAGGACCUGGGGACCGAUGACCCCAAGGACUCCCCAAACCGUGGGGACGCUGAGAAGCCGGCCACCCCCGGGGAGGGCGCGCUGAGCUCCGACCUUGACAAGAUCCCCACGGAGGAGCUGCCCAAGAUGGAGAGCAAAGACGUGCAGCAGCUCUUCAAGGACGUGCUGGGCUCUGCUGAGCGUGGGGAGCAGCCCCUCAACUGCGUGGAGGGCAGCGGUGCAGGGCAGGACCCCGGCCGGGCCCAGCGCCCCUUCCUGCAGGGAGAGCUCCAGCUGCCAGGGCAGGGGAGCGUUUCUCUGGGCUCGCUCUCUGGAUCUGUCUCCUUGGAUUCGUAUUCAGGAGUUUGCCAGUCCCCGUUCCUCGAUAACCGGGAGCGGAGCGGCUUCUUCAGCCCGGACCACUGUGAGCCCGAGAGCCCCUGGGCCAGCAGCUCUGCUGCCACCACCCCCUCGACUCCCACGACCCCCACAACAGAGGGUGAGGGCGAUGGGCUGUCGUACAACCAGCGCAGCCUGCAGCGCUGGGAGAAGGACGAGGAGCUGGGUGAGCUCUCCACCAUCUCGCCAGUGCUCUACGCCAACAUGAACUUCCCCAACCUCAAGCAGGAUUAUCCAGACUGGUCGAGCCGCUGCAAGCAGAUCAUGAAGCUCUGGAGGAAAGUCCCCGCUGCAGACAAAGCUCCCUAUUUGCAAAAGGCCAAAGAUAACCGGGCGGCUCAUCGCAUCAACAAGGUGCAGAAGCAGGCCGAGAGCCAGAUAAACAAGCAGACCAAAGGGGAGGGACUGCGCAAACCGGAGAGACCCUCGCUGCAUCUGCGGAUCCCGGUGCCUCCAGGGACGCAGCCCGUCUACAUCAGCAGCCCCCCUGCUGCGGGGGAGGGCUUCCUGAAGCCGGGUGCUGGAGGAGGGGGGCCGGAGUCUCCCAGCGAGCUCUUCCUCAAACUCCCACCCCAGUCCCCUGCCCAAGUGCCUUCGCACGACCCCUACGGUGCUGCGCCCGCCUACGCGCUGGAACCCCGCUUUUCCUCCCCCUUGGGACAGAGCCCCACUUCAGGCGCUGCCUUCCAGCCCUUCCCCAGCCAACCCCUGGCCGGUCCCCGCUCCAUCCCUGGCUCCCAGUCCUCUGAUUUCCACCCCACUCCUCCUGGCACCCCCCGGCACCAACCUGGCACCCCUGACCCCUUCCUGAAGCCCCGGUGCCCCUCUUUGGACAACCUCUCGGUGCCGGGGAGCCCCGGCGCCCGCCCUUCCGAAGCUUUGCUCUCUCCUCUUCCUUUUGGGGAGCAGAAAAAGGGCUUGGAGGUGAAGAAGGAGGAAGGGGGGAGCCUGGGGGUCUGCUCGCCCAGCUAUACGCCCACCAUGGGCUACGGGGACUCCCCAGGUGGCCCUCAUCUCUCCGCUGCGGAGCUGAAGGUCGCCGAUGUCUUCAAAGCCCCCAUGACCCCUCGGGUCUCUCAGGUAGAGCCUCAGAGCCCAGGGCUGGGGCACCGACCCCCCGACCCCCAUCCCUUGGCCCCCUCGCCCCCCGGUCACCCCGAUCUCUACCGCCAGUCCCCCUACCCUGACCCCUACGCGCAGCCCCCGCUGACACCCCGGCCGCAGCCCCCUGCUGAUGCCUGCUGCUCCCUCCCACCCCGCUCGCUGCCCUCGGAGCCCUUCACCCGUGUCCCCGCCAGCCCCCAGUCCCAAUCCAGCUCCCAGUCCCCGCUCACCCCCCGGCCCCUCUCUAAUGAAGCUUUCUGCCAGUCUCCCGUCACUCCCCGUUUCCAGUCCCCGGAUCCCUAUUCCCAGCCGCCCUCCCGGCCUCAGUCCCGGGACCCUUUCACCCCUUUGCACAAACCCCCUCGGCCCCAGAUGCCGGAGCCGGGCUUCAAGCCAGGACCGCUGUCCCACAGCCCAGCGGCCACUGGGGGCUUUGGGGGCACCCUGGCAGGUGAGCCCCACGCCAAGGCACCGGGUGGGCAGCAGCCCCCCUUCACCCGCUCCCCCGGUGCCAGCGUCUUCCCAGGCAGCCAGCCCCCCAUGCGCUUUACCUUUCCCCCAUCCGUCUCCGAGCCUCUCAAGGGCUCCCCGUCCCACCAACCCCAUGGGAUCAACAGCCAUUUUGUCCCCGGUAAACCCCAGAGCUCAGCCUACACCUCGUCCCCUGCCUUCCACCAAGCCAGCAGCCCGCUGGGCACCGGGGCUUCUGACCCCUCUUACAGCCUCUCACCCCUCCGGCCGCCGUCUGUGCUGCCCCAGCAGCCCCCCGCUGCCCCCCAGCAGCCGGAUGCCAGCAUCGCCUUCCUGCCCCGAACUGCAGUGGGGGCUGAUAAAAGAGAGGAGACGGCUGCAGGGCUCUCAGCACCCCCAAACCGUGACCUGGCCGAGCUGCCUGGUGGGCAGGACGGGGCCGUGGGCACCAUGAGUCAGUCGGAGCUGGAGAAGCAGAGGCAGCGCCAGCGGCUUCGCGAGCUGCUCAUCCGUCAGCAGAUCCAGCGCAACAGCCUGCGGCAGGAGAAGGAGAGCGCAGCAGCAGCAGCAGCCACACCAUCCCCAUCAGGUUGGGCUCCUGAUUCCAGCAGCCAGCCCUAUGAGCUGAGCCGCAGCAUGACCACCUACCAACCGCCACAGGAUAAGAGUCUCCUGGGGACGCUGGCCACUGCAGCCAGCAGCGGGAAGCUGCCUGGCUCUGUUAUGGUGCAGACAGCCACGUUCGUGCAGGAUGAGAGGCUCUCCCGGCCCCCACCAGCUGCCACGCCGGCUGCGAUGGACAUCAAUGGGAGGGCGGCAGUCGGGCCCCCCCAGGCCUUCUACCCCCGUGGAGUCUUCCCGGCGCUGUCCCCGCAGCAGCACCUCUGGCAGCAGCAGCAGGCAGCCCUGCGUCUUCCCGUCGCCUCCCGCUUCGCUCCCCCGGCCGCCAGCACCCCCGUGGGCAGCCUGGCCCCCCGCCUACCAGCACCCGCCGAGCCGGUGCCCGCCUCCCCUGGCACCCUGGGCGCUCCCUUCAUCGAGCUGCGACACAACGUCCAGAAGGGACCCGGUGGGAUCGUGGGCUCCCCCUUCACCCCCCAACCCCCUCGGCCUCGUUUUUUCCUGCCCGGUGAGGAGGGCACCCCGCAGCCCCUCUGCGCCCCGGCGGUGCCCAUGCAGGCGCUCCCUGCCCCGGCGCUGCAGCCCCAAAAGAUGCCGGUGGUUCCGCUGCCACCCGCGUCGCCGCAGGGCACCGAGAUGAGCAACAGCCACCACCAGCUGCACGCCAAAGCGGUGCCCCCCGCCCCGCUGCCCGCCCCUGGCCUGGAGCUGCAGCACGUCCCCCCGCGCCCGCUCUCUUCUGGCUCUGCUCUGCGCCCCGAUGGCACCAAGGACGGCGCUGCUCCGGCUCCGGCCCCAGGGAAAAGCCACCUGAACCUGGAGGGCGGGCGGCUGCCCUGCGAGGUGCCGGUGGAGCCCGACUUGGAUGAUGACUUUGGCUCCCACAAGGACUUGGAAGACGACGACGAUUUGGCAAACCUGAGCCUGGAUCCGGACGUGGCCAAAGGGGACGACGAUUUGGGCAACCUGGACAGCCUGGAGACGGCGGAUCCCCACCUGGACGACCUGCUGAACGGCGACGAGUUCGACCUGCUGGCUUACACCGACCCCGAGCUGGACACCGGCGACAAGAAGGACAUCUUCAACGAGCACCUCCGCCUGGUUGAGUCGGCCAACGAAAAGGCUGAGCGCGAGGCGCAGCUCAAGACGGAACCAUCGGGGCCCAGCUUGAAGCUCCCCGACCCCGGGGAUGGCAAAGAUGCAGCACCGACGGCGGAGGACCGCGAUGUGCCCAAAGAGGGGCUGGUGCCCGGCGCCGCGCUGCCCCCAGACCCAUCCUUCAAGGCACAAAGUCUGGAGGCGAAGGCGGCCGCGCUGCCCACCGACGUCAAACCCAAACUGGAGGAUGGAUGUCUGAAGACCUCGCCUUGUCAGUUCACCGCCGGCAGCUCCGAGCGGCUCCCAGUCAAGUCAGAGGCCCUGCAGAGCACAGAUAAGAUCUCUGCGUCGCUGGGGCUGAGCCUCAAACCCAGCCAGGCCCUUCUGAGCCCCAGUGCUGGCCCUGCUCGCCUCGGCUUGACUCAUUUCCCAAACAGCAGCUCCACACUGGAGAAGGACCCAUAUGUUGGCACCGGGCGUGGGCUAGCCCCUGCCCAGCUGGGCAGCCAGAGCAACCCCUUGUUGGAGAAAUUCGAGCUGGACAGCGGGGCUCUGGGGCUGGGCAGCACGCGGCACUCACCUGCCGACGAGCUGGACAAGAUGGAGAGUUCCCUGGUGGCCAGCGAGCUGCCGCUGCUCAUCGAGGACCUCCUGGAGCACGAGAAGAAGGAGCUGCAGAAGAAGCAGCAGAUGUCUGCCCAUCUGCCACGGGGCGCCCCGCAGCUCCCCGCCCCGGGGCACCCCAUGCUGCACGCGGCCACGCAGCCCCUGGAUGCUCAGCCCCCCCGCCUGGGCACCCCGCAGCCCCCCCUGCAGCUGGGGCUGGUGGCCAGACCGCAAUUAAUGCCACCGCAGCCCCCGCGGCUCGGGAACCCCCAGCAGGGCCCGGCGCUGGGGCCCCACAUGGGCAUGGCCUCCGGGCAGCCCCACGUCCUGGCUGCCCCCCACGGUGUGCAGGUGGCCCUGGCGCAGCCGCAGCAGAGCCAGCAGCAGGUGCUGGUGCAGAAGCCGAUGGCCGGGGUGCAGCCGCCCGCCCUGGGCCUGAAGCCCCCCCAGCUCGUCAUGCAGCAGCAGCUGGCCAACAGCUUCUUCCCAGACACAGACCUGGACAAGUUUGCUGCUGAGGACAUCAUGGACCCCAUUGCCAAAGCCAAGAUGGUGGCACUGAAGGGCAUCAAGAAGGUGAUGGCGCAGGGCAGCAUUGGGGUGGCCCCAGGGAUGAACAGGCAACAAGUAUCCCUGCUGGCCCAGCGGCUCUCGGGAGGCCCGGCUGUGUCAGACAUGCAGAACCACAUGCUGGCAGGGAGCGGGCAGGAACGGAGCGGCGCUGACCCAGCCCAGGCUCGCCCCAACCCUCCCACCUUUGCUCAAGGUGUCAUCAACGAGGCCGACCAGCGGCAGUACGAGGAGUGGCUCUUCCACACCCAGCAGCUCCUGCAGAUGCAGCUGAAGGUGCUGGAGGAGCAGAUCGGCGCGCACCGCAAGUCUCGCAAAGCGCUCUGCGCCAAGCAGCGCACGGCCAAGAAGGCCGGCCGGGAGUUCCCUGAGGCUGAUGCAGAGAAGCUGAAGCUGGUCACGGAGCAGCAGAGCAAGAUCCAGAAGCAGCUGGACCAGGUGCGGAAGCAGCAGAAGGAGCACACCAACCUGAUGGCCGAGUACCGCAACAAGCAGCAGCAGCACCAGCACCAAGCCUCGGCCGUCAUGGCCCUCAGCCCCUCGCAGAGCCCCCGCCUCAUGUCCAAGCUCCCCGGGCAGCUCCUCUCGGCGCACGGCAUCCAGCAGCCUGCAGGGACUGUGGUGGGGGCCCAAGGGCUCGGCCAGCAGCCGGGGCAGCCCGGGGGGCUGCGGCUGCCCCAGGGCGGUGUGUCCAUGGCCGUGCAGCAGGGGCUGUCCUUCAUGGGCCAGCAGGCAGUGGGGAACGCUCCGGUGCCUGGCACCUCCAACGCUUUCUUCUCUGGGAACCCCGCGCUCCGUGGGCUGACGGCAGACAGCCGCCUGAUGCAGGAGAGGCAGCUGCAGAGGAUGCAGCUGGCCCAGAAACUGCAGCAGCAGCAGCAGCAGAGCAUGCUGGGGCAGGUGUCGCUGCAGCAGCAGCAGCAAGGUGUCAUGGGCCAGGCGUCGAUGCAGCAGCAAGGUGUCAUGGGGCAGGUGUCGAUGCAGCAGCAGGGCGUUCUGGGCCAGGCACCGAUGCAGCAAGCAGGGGUGAUGGGCCAGGCUUCAAUGCAGCAGCAGGGCGUCAUGGCACAGGCGUCGAUGCAGCAGCAGGGCAUGAUGGGACAAGCGUCCAUGCAGCAGCAGCAGCAAGGCAUCAUGGCACAGACGAUGCAGCAGCCUGGUGUCAUGGGACAAGCAUCCAUGCAGCAGCAAGGUGUCAUGGGACAAGCAGCAAUGCAGCAGCCAGGCGUUUUGGCGCAGAGCUCGAUGCAGCAACAGGGUGUGAUGGCACAGACCUCCAUGCAGCAGCCCGGCAUGAUGGCACAGACACCGAUGCAGCAGCCGGGCGUUAUGGGACAAGCAUCCAUGCAGCAGCAAGGGCUCAUGGCGCAGACGUCGAUGCAGCAGCCCGGCGUUAUGGCGCAGGCCUCGAUGCAGCAAGCAGGGGUCAUGGGACAAGGCUCCAUGCAGCAGCAGCAGGGUGUCAUGGCACAGACCUCAAUGCAGCAGCCGGGCGUCAUGGGACAAGGCUCCAUGCAACCAGCAGCCAUGGUAGGGCAGCCCAGCUUGCUGGGGCAGCAGCAGCAACCAGCAGCCACCCCCCAACCAGGGGCCGUGGGGCAGCCCAUGGUGCCCAAGCAGCCGGGGCUGAUGGGCAGCCAGCAGAGCCUGCUGGUGCAGCAGCUUUCCCCGCAGCAGCAGCAACAGCAGCAGCAGCAGCAGCCGGGCUUGCUGGGCCAUGGGCCGGGGCUGCAGCACCAGGCAGUGCUGGGUCACCCCGCACCCCAGCGGCAGGUCCUGCUGGCCCCCCACCAGCAGCGGGUGCUGGGCUCGCCGCAGACUCCGGGGAUGCUGGGCCACCGGCUGGUGCUGUCCCAGCAGCUGGGGCAGGCACGGGCACUGCUGGCCCCACAGCAGCAGAACUCGGGGGCGGCAGCCCAGCAGGGCCUCCUGGGGAUGGGCCAGGGGCAGCCCCCGAUCCAGCACUUUCCGCAGCACGGGGCGAUGGGCCAGGCCCCCCCUGUGCUGCACCUGAGUCAGGGAAUGCAGUCGGCCCCGGCGGUCCUGGCUGCCAAGGAGCAGCCCGGGGGGGCGGAGGGCGGCACUGUGCCCGCUGAGGGCAGCGAGGGCGGGGGGCAGCUGCACGGAGGGGAGCAGCAGGGACCCCCCAGCGCCACGGGGCUGGGUGAGCCCCCGGCUCCCAAACACCAGGCCGAGCUGGGGCAAGGGCAGCAGCUCCUCUUGGGCUCCCCUCAGCCAGGGGUCCUGGGCUCCGUGCCCACCCAGCCGGGGCUGCGGGCAGCUGCCGCACCGGGCGCCCUGCUUGUCCCACCGCAGAGCCCCGGGGCCGCUCGUCCUGAGCCACACGGGGGGGACGCCACGGGGGCUGCGGAGCCGGGUAAGGGGCCGGUGGGCACCCAGCAGGGCCAGCCGCAGCCCCCGCGGCUCCAGAGCCCCAAAGCAGGGCCGGGGGCGCAGCCGAGCGGUGCCACCACGCUGUCCCCAGGUGUGCUGGGUCAGGUCCCGGGGCCGCUGAUGGGUCAGAUCCGGGCGCAGCUGCAGGGGGUCCUGGCCAAGAACCCCCAGCUGCGGCACCUGACGCCGCAACAGCAGCAGCAGCUCCAGGCCCUCUUGGUGCAGCGGCACCAGCAGAGCCUCCUGCAGCAGAGCCAGGCGCUCCGUCAGCCCGGCCCCUUCCCCGGGCAGCCCCCAGAGCACGGCCCCCAGGCGCGUCAGCCCCCCCGCCCGCUGGGACCCCUCUUCCAGGCCCGGGCGGGGGUCCCGGCAGAGGAGCAGGGGGCACGAGGGCAGCCCCCCGCACCGCAGCAGCCCCUGGCUGAGCUGGUGCAAGCAGCCCUGGCUGCCCGUGGUCCCCAGCCCGGCCUCGUCCAGCUCCCCACGCCUCCGGCCCCCUCAUCCCUGGGUGUGGGCUGUGCCCCCCAGCAGCUGGCCAGCCCCGAGCAGAGUCCCCAAGAGCCAAAGAAGAUGUCACCGGGGGUCCCGGCCUCAGCCCCCAGCCCAGCAGAGCAGGGGCUGGCACCCGAUGCGGCACGCUGGGACCCCGAGGUGCCCGGUGCGGAGCCAGCUGACCCUGGUGAGACCCACAUCAAUGGGGCUGAGCCCCCCCAGGUGCUGGUGAAGCAGGAGCCGAAGGAGGAGGCAGCAGCAGUGGUGCAAUGUGAGACGGAUGGGGAUGAAGCGGCCAAACCAGAGGCCAACGGGGAGCCUGGGGCUGCCCAAGCCAGCAGCCCACUGGUGCCGGGUGGCCGCUCCGAGGCCGGGCACCUCCUGCUGCAGAAGCUGCUGCGGGCCAAGAACGUGCAGCUGUCAGCACAGUGCCCAGGAGAGCUGAACGGGCACGCAGAGAACCGGGGCACCGGGAUGGAGCCACGGCCACAACCGGUGCUGCUGGGCCGGGAGGACCCUUCCAUUGCUCGCAAGCCGGUGGCUGCCAAGCCCAAGCGGGUGCAGAAGGGCAACGAGAGAGUCCCAGCUUCCCGCAAGAAGCUGCGCAAGGACGAGGGGCUGCGGCCUGGGGAGGCUCUCAUGAAGCUGAAACAGGAGCUCUCUCUGCUGCCUCUGACUGAGCCAACCAUCACAGCCAACUUCAGCCUCUUCGCACCCUUUGGCAGCAGCCCCAUCAAUGGGAAGAGCCAACUGCGCGGCGCCUUCGGCAGCGCCGUGCUGGACAGCGUGCCCGAUUACUACUCCCAGCUGCUCACCAAGAACAACCUCAGCAACCCACCCACGCCGCCCUCCUCGCUGCCCCCCACGCCACCCCCCUCCGUGCAGCAGAAGAUGGUGAAUGGUGUCACGGCUGCUGAGGAGAUGGGUGAGCAGCCCAAGGACGCCGACUCGGCCCGUGAGCCCCAGAAAGGUGAGCGUGGUCGGUGCAGGGUGGCACAGCCCCAUAACACCGCCUGCCCCCCAUCCCACGACACCCAUCCCGUCCCCUUUAUCCCACCCCCUUCAUCCCGUCCCUACGCAGACGCACCGGCUGUGGAGGUGAAGAGCCUGGACCUUCUGGCAGCCCUGCCCACCCCUCCGCACAACCAGACUGAGGAUGUCAGGAUGGAGAGCGACGACGACAGCGAUUCCCCCGACAGCAUCGUUCCUGCCUCGUCCCCUGAGAGCGUGCUGGGCGAGGAGCUGCUGCGCUUCCCGCUGCUCAGCGAGGCCAAACCGGAGCUGGAGGAGCGUGUGCUGUCCCCCAUCAUCCCCAUCAUCCCCCGGGCCAGCAUCCCAGUGUUCCCCGACACGAAGCCCUUUGAAGCCACGGAGCCCUUUGGGGCUGCACCCCCAGGGAAGGUGGGGAUGGCCGGCCCAGGUGCCCCGUGGGAGAAGGGCAAGAGCAGCGAGGUGUCCGUCAUGCUGACGGUGUCUGCAGCAGCUGCCAAGAACCUCAAUGGGGUGAUGGUGGCCAUGGCUGAGCUGCUGAGCGUGAAGAUCCCCAGCUCCUAUGAGGUGCUGUUCCCUGAUGGCCCCAUGCGAGCGGCGGUGGUCGAGGCUAAGAAGGCGGAGACGGACAUGGCUGGGAUGCUGGGUGGCAAGGAGAAAGUGGUGCUGGCCGGGAAGGUGCCGGAGAGCAGCUCUGAGUGGCUGAAGCAGUUUGAUGCAGUGCUGCCAGGGUACAGCCUGAAGGGCGAGCUGGACCUCCUGACGCUGCUCCGACAGGAGAGCCCCGUGCCCGAGAAGACCCUGCACCACGGCUACGUCAACAACGUCUCCAACCUGGACGUGCGGCAGCUCUCCGUUAUGCCCCAGGAGCCCUCGCCCCCCCUGUCCCCCUCCGUCCCCUCCCCGUCCAGCCCCACUGAGGCCGCCAGGGUCCCUGACCCCGAGGCCGCCCACGAAGCCCCCCCAGCCCCCUCCUCGCCGCUGCCCCCCGCCCCUUCCCCAGCUCCCAGGGAAGAGGGCCCCGCAGCCCCCCACUCCCCGCCCCGCUUUAAGCCCCGCUCGCGGCCGCCGGAGGACGGAGACGAAGCGCGGCCCCGGCUCAAGAAAUGGAAGGGGGUGAGGUGGAAACGGCUGCGGUUCCUGGUGACCAUCCAGAAGGGGGGGGCCAAGCGGGACGGCGACAAAGAGAUCGCCGAGUUCAUCGACAAGCUGGGCACCACGCUGCGCCCCGAGAAGGUGCCGCGGGACCUGCGCAAGUGCUGCUUCUGCCACGAGGAGGGCGACGGCGCCACCGACGGCCCGGCCCGCCUGCUCAACCUCGACCUGGACCUCUGGGUCCACCUGAACUGCGCUCUGUGGUCCACCGAGGUGUACGAGACGCAGGGAGGGGCUCUGAUCAACGUGGAGGUGGCCCUGCACCGCGGGCUGCUCACCAAGUGCUCCCUGUGCCAGAAAACUGGAGCCACCAACAGCUGCAACCGCAUCCGCUGCCCCAGCGUCUACCACUUCGCCUGCGCCAUCCGCGCCAAGUGCAUGUUCUUCAAGGACAAGACCAUGCUGUGCCCCCUGCACAAGCUGAAGGGGCCCUGCGAGCAGGAGCUCAGCACCUUCACCGUCUUCCGGCGCGUCUACAUCGAGCGGGACGAGGUGAAGCAGAUCGCCAGCAUCAUCCAGCGCGGCGAGCGGCUGCACAUGUUCCGAGUGGGCGGCCUGGUCUUCCACGCCAUCGGGCAGCUCCUGCCCCAUCAGAUGGCCGAUUUUCACAGCGUCACAGCCCUCUACCCCGUGGGCUACGAGGCCACGCGCAUCUACUGGAGCCUGCGCACCAACAACCGCCGCUGCUGCUACCGCUGCACCAUCUGCGAGAACAACGGGCGGCCCGAGUUUGUCGUGCAGGUCAUCGAGCAGGGCCUGGAGGAUUUGGUCUUCUCCGACUCCUCGCCGCAGGCUGUCUGGAAUCGGAUCAUCGAGCCGGUGGCGAUGAUGAGGAAGGAGGCCGACAUGCUGCGGCUCUUCCCUGAGUAUCUGAAGGGCGAGGAGCUCUUCGGCCUCACGGUGCACGCGGUGCUGCGCAUCGCCGAGUCGCUGCCCGGUGUGGAGAGCUGCCAGAACUACCUGUUCCGUUACGGUCGCCAUCCGCUCAUGGAGCUGCCGCUGAUGAUCAACCCCACCGGCUGCGCCCGCGCCGAGCCCAAAAUCCUCACCCACUACAAACGGCCGCACACCCUGAACAGCACAAGCAUGUCCAAGGCUUACCAGAGCACGUUCACGGGCGAAACCAACACGCCGUACAGCAAACAGUUUGUGCACUCCAAGUCCUCCCAGUACCGCCGCCUGAAGACAGAAUGGAAGAACAACGUGUACCUGGCACGGUCCCGCAUCCAAGGCCUGGGGCUCUACGCUGCCAAGGACAUUGAGAAGCACACCAUGGUCAUCGAGUACAUCGGCACCAUCAUCCGCAACGAGGUGGCCAACCGGCGGGAGAAGAUCUACGAGGAGCAGAACCGUGGCAUCUACAUGUUCCGUAUCAACAACGAGCACGUCAUUGACGCCACGCUGACAGGGGGCCCGGCCAGGUACAUCAACCACUCGUGUGCCCCAAACUGCGUGGCCGAAGUCGUGACCUUCGACAAGGAGGACAAAAUCAUCAUCAUCUCCAGCCGGCGCAUCCCCAAAGGGGAGGAGCUCACCUAUGACUACCAGUUUGACUUUGAGGACGAUCAGCACAAGAUCCCCUGCCACUGCGGAGCGUGGAACUGCAGGAAGUGGAUGAAUUAAGCAGGGAGGAGGAGGAAACAAAAAGAAACGAGACACAGGAAAAAUAACAACAGAAUAACAUCAUCCGUGACAGCGAUACGGAGCUGGGGGCUCAGAGCUCUUCCCAUCCCGGGGCUGCGGAGAUGCCAGGAAGGCUGGGAGCACGGAGGGCCGAGCGGGACGGACGGACGGACGGACAACUCAGGGUUUUCUUUGCUUCGUCCUGCAAGGAACACAAAG